AUGUUCCUGGCUAUUUUGUGUUGCCUUCUGUGGAGUUUCCAGCUCUCUUCUGGCCACUUCCCUCGAGCCUGUGCCUCCUCGGAGAACUUGAUGGCAAAAGAGUGCUGUCCUCCAUGGACGGGCGAUGGGAGUCCCUGCGGCCAGCUUUCAGGCAGAGGUUCCUGCCAGGACAUCCUUCUGUCCAAUGCACCGUCUGGACCUCAAUUCCCCUUCAAAGGGGUGGAUGAUCGUGAGUCCUGGCCCUCUGUAUUUUAUAAUAGAACCUGUCAGUGCUCUGGCAACUUCAUGGGAUUCAACUGUGGCAACUGUAAGUUUGGAUUUGGGGGCCCCAACUGCACGGAGAAACGACUCUUAGUUAGAAGAAAUAUCUAUGAUUUGAGUGUGGCAGAAAAGAAUAAGUUCUUUGCUUACCUAACUUUAGCGAAACAUACUAUCAGUCCAGUCUAUGUCAUCCCCACAGCCACAUAUGGUCAAAUGAACAAUGGGUCAACACCCAUGUUUAAUGAUAUCAACAUCUAUGACCUCUUUGUAUGGAUGCAUUACUAUGUGUCAAGAGACACCCUGCUUGGAGGUUCUGAAAUCUGGAGGGAUGUUGAUUUUGCCCAUGAAGCACCAGGUUUUCUGCCUUGGCACCGACUUUUCUUGCUACUGUGGGAACAAGAAAUACAGGAGCUAACAGGGGAUGAGAACUUCACCAUUCCAUACUGGGAUUGGCGGGAUGCAGAAAACUGUGACAUUUGUACAGAUGAGUACUUGGGAGGUCGCCACCCUGAAAACCCUAAUCUACUCAGCCCAGCAUCCUUCUUCUCCUCCUGGCAGAUCAUCUGUAGCCGAUCAGAGGAGUAUAAUAACCGUCAGGCUUUAUGUGACGGGACACCUGAGGGACCACUGACACGCAAUCCUGGAAACCAUGACAAAGCCAAAACCCCGAGGCUCCCAUCUUCAGCAGAUGUGGAAUUUUGUCUGAGUUUGAUCCAGUAUGAGACUGGCUCCAUGGAUAGAACUGCCAAUUUCAGCUUUAGAAACACAGUGGAAGGAUUUGCCAGUCCACUUACAGGGAUAGCAGAUUCUUCUCAAAGCAGCAUGCACAAUGCUUUGCAUAUCUAUAUGAAUGGAACAAUGUCCCAAGUCCAGGGAUCAGCCAAUGAUCCCAUUUUUCUUCUUCAUCAUGCUUUUGUGGACAGGUUGGUUGACAUUUCUUCAUAA